AUAUGGUUUCAUUGUUGGAAUUCAAUUCGCGAACGCACACAGAUAAUCACUUGUGUUUUUGUAUUUGUUGUUGGUUAUGGAACGUCAUGAUGAUAAUGAUGAUUAUAGUGAUAUUGAUCAUCAUCAUGAUGAACAAAACUAUGGUCAACAACAACAACAGCAUCAGCAGCAGCAUCAAUUGCCACCUUCAUCUAAUUCGUUCAAUAACCUUAAAAAUGAUCAUCAUUUAUCAAAUAAUUUCAAGAAUCAUCAUCAUCAUCAUCAUCAUAAUAAUAAUAAAAUUGUCAAACAUAUACCCUCAGUAUUGUAUCCAUCGGAUUUAUGGCUUAAACAGCAGGUUUUAUUGGAUAUUGAAAAAAUUUUCACUGCUACACCAUCACCAUCACCACCGCCACCAGUACCAACACCACCAGUACCACCUACUCCUCUUUCUCCUGUCGUUGCGAAUCCGGAAUCAAAACGACCACCGGAUAUCUUAUUUAAAAAACGAUCAAAAACAAAAGUUUUGACUAAAAUCAAAUCAAAAACAACAACAACAACACUAUUUCCAGCCAAAGAUUUUGAUGAACCAUUAUUAUCAGCGAUAAAAUCGAUGGAAAAAACUGAUGCAAUUGUAAAAACAAGACGAAAACGAACAAUAAAUCUUCCUCGUACCCGAGAUCGUAGAUUUAGAUAUCAGAAACCUUUACCAACAACAACAACAACUAUGGAACAAUCGCCAAAAUCACCAUCACCGCCACAAACGACCAAUAAAUGUUUGAAUAAUAAUAAUAAUAAUAAUAAGGAUAAUAAGGAUUGGUAG